GUCGAGCAUCAGUUCUCCGCCUCCGCAGAGAGACUCUUCACUCUUGCAGCCUUCAUCCACUCGAUUCUUUGGUAAAUUGUCUCCAACGACUCCACAAGAGCAACAAGAUGCAGAAGCUACUUCUUCUCGUAGGUCUGUGCGUGCUCGUGGCGCACUUGGAGGCCACAUGCCCCCGAAAACUGGUGUGCACCUUCCAGAGCAUUCCCAACUUGAACACGGCCAACCUCAACAACUUUAACAUGGCGUCCCACAUGGAGCCGGAGCUGUGCACCCACAUCGUCUUCAAAUCUGUCCAGCCAGAUAAUGCAAUGGUGAUUCCCUCAAGCGGGGGGCCAAUUCAGGAUCAUCACAACUUCAAUUUGGCAUUUCCGAGCGCAACCGCGAAAACCCUUUUGGAAGUCGAUCUGACCCAGACUAGCAGCGCUAUAUUCGCACCUUUAAACAUGGCCACUUUUAACACAUCCGUAAUCAACGUCGUGGAUGCUGCUGGCUUCGAUGGCGUCAACAUCUUGUGGUCGCAAAGCCAUGAAAAUGAACAAGACAAGAUAGGAUUCACAGCUCUCAUGCAGGAGCUGAAUGCCGCGCUGGAAGAAAUGCCAGGCACGCGACUGCUCACCGCGAGCGUAUCCGGUGUGCCUUCUGACAUCGAUUACAGUUACGAGGUCCCACAGCUUGCCUUGGUCGUCGACUUCUUCAACGUGAUGACCGCUGAUCUUGACCGCACUUCUACUCCCGGCCAAUUCGCCGCUGCGAUUGCAGGAAUGCAGAAGUUGGUAGCAAAGGACGCACCAAAAGCAAAGCUCAACAUGGGAAUCGCCACGUACGGUUUUGACACCAACAACGCCAAUCCAAAGAUCUGGGCCAAAUACCAGGCAUGCGUUGCCCCGGCGUCUUCAAGCACGGUUCGCGUUGACAGCGCUGCGACCAUCGACGCCAAGGCCCAGCACGUUGUGGAUGAGGAGUUUGGAGGAGCCUUCAUGACUUCUCUGCAACUGGACGACUUCGAUGGAGUCGCCUGUGCCGCGGGGCCCUUUCCCGUCAUCCAGCGUGUCAAGGACGUAGUCUGCCCUUGAUUCGAAAGCGACGAUCGCGCGCACGAGGGUGAAGGCGACUCUCCUGCCCUCUCGCAAAUCCCCCUUCGCUUACUUGGGACGCGGGCCCCCGCUUGAGACUUGGCCGGUCUCAGCCGCCACGCUCGUCAUCGCAAUUUGACAAAAUGUACAAAAACGCCAAGGAACAACGCGCGGUGUUAAAAAGAGACGCACUGACCAAAUUUGGGAUGGAGAGCAGAUGAAGAUUAAAAAAAAGUCACCUCAACAGAAGGACCACUUGCAAAAAUUCUGUUGCAGCACCAAGGACGAAAUAAGAAAAUUUGCAUGACCGUAGAUGCGAUCUCUCAAAUGUGAUAAACUGAAGAAACUCUCGGCAGCAUGAGCCAAGUCUUUCCAAAAAGUCUCGAAAAAUGGCGACAUUGUCCCAAAAGCA